AUGCGCGGUUUCACAGCAGCGGCAGCGUUGCUGCCUUUCGCUUCGGCGGCCAUGUACUCUGCGGAUGAAUAUCGAUCUGGCGAGGUCAUGAAGAUCAUGAUGGAGGCUAAAGAGUCUGCUUGGGCCACCCACAGAGCUGCCGGCGACUACGACGACAGGAAAUGGGCAGGUUUCGGCAAGAAACGAUCCAACAAAGACCGCAUCCGCUGUGUCAAUGGCAAGGCUGAAGCUGUCAAGGGCGAUGCCAGCCAAACCUAUGGAUGCAAGGACAUCGAUAUGUACGACUUUCUAACGCACACUGAGUUGGGCGCAGAGCCUACCUCCGAGGGCUCUGGUUCUUGGGGUUGGUCUCACGGUAAACGGGACUUCAUAGCCAUUGGACAGACAGACGGAACUGCUUUUGCGGAAGUCAGCAAGCAGGGGAAGCUCAUCUAUUUGGGACGUCUGCCUGCUCAAGCGGACCCUGUGAUUUGGCGUGAGAUAAAGGUCCUGCGUGAUUACUUGGUGGUUGGAUCCGAGGGUGUUGGCCAUGGUGUGCAGAUCUUCGACAUGAAGAAGCUACUGAAGAUCAACCCAAAAGCUCCAAAGACCUUCAACACUUCUACCGAUCUGACAGGAUUGUUCAUUGACGGCCUCCCUGCUGGACGCUCCCAUAAUGUCGUUGUCAACGAAGAAAAGGGCUAUGCCGUGGCUGUUGGCGCAGCUCCUCGCAACACUUCAUGUGGAGGAGGUCUCAUCUUUAUUGAUAUGAGCGAUGCAUCGAACCCUACUACACCAGGAUGUGCAYCACAGGAUGGCUACGUCCACGACGCUCAAUGUAUUGUGUACAGAGGUCCUGACGCCAAGUACUACGGUCGUGAUAUCUGCUAUGGUUACAAUGAGGAUACUCUCACCAUCUACGACGUAACGAACAAGAACGGUCCUAACGCUACCUCCAUCAUCUCUCGCACUCCUUACACAGGUUCUUCUUACACCCAUCAAGGAUGGGUCCUCAACCCAAUGUGGCAAUCACACCUCAUUCUCGACGAUGAACUCGACGAGGGCUUCAUCGACCCUAACCGCACCGAUCCCGAGUCUCCCGCCAAGGACGGAUUCCCAGUUUCCUACAUCUUCGACAUCUCAUCCCUCGAGAAGCCAGUCAACACGGGAUUCUACAAGUCCAAAGUCCGAUCUGUCGACCACAAUCAAUUCGUAUACAAUGGUCUUGCCUAUCAGUCAAACUACCAAGCCGGUCUGCGUAUCCUGGAUGUUUCCUCGAUUCGUCGCGAUCCUACUGGCAAGAGUGUCGAGGAGGUUGCUUUCUUCGACGUUUACCCCGAAGAUGAUGAUCAGCCCGGUGGCGGAGUUGCGGAUUGGUCGUUUGGAACUUGGAGUCAUUAUACUUUUCCAAGCGGCUGGAUUGUGAUUAAUACGAUUGAUCGCGGUGCGUUUGUUGUGAAGAUGAAUAAGUUUGCUGCGCUUGGGAAGGGAAGAUUCUGGUAG